AUGGCAAACAAUUGAAUAAUCUGUCAUAACCUCUUAAAAUUGUAUUCUGUAUAAAAAUACAAGUUAAACUUUGCAGAACUAAAUUCUUGCUUAUAAAUUGUCAUAAUUACUUUAGAUAACUCUCCUGUGUAUUAUUUUAUUGCUUUUAUGUAAAUGUUCUCAACACUUUCUAUUAAUCUAAGUAAUGAAUCAAGUAAUGUGUUACCAGAUGGUUACAUGGAAAAUGAGGUUCAAGAUUACAAGGAUUCUCUAAAAACUAAGGCGGAAGAAUUGUUGGUAAAAGGAUUUCCAGAGAAGAUAGUUAAACUAAAUGAAUUGCUGGAAACACCUGGAUUCUGUAAUCGAAAAUUGUCGGAUGUACAUCAAGAGUUAAAUGUACCCAUUCCAGACCCCAUAAUUCUUAAUCAUUCCGAAGAUGGUCCUGCUACAAAAAAGCUCAAAUUCGACAAUAAUGGAGAAGAGACCAGUGGAACCAAAGUUAUGGUACUUCCAAAUGGUCCUGUACCUUCCAAUAAAAAAUUAAGCGAUUUGAUUCACAUAGUCAAACCUUAUAUUAGACAACUUUUGGAGGAUUCCAAUUUAUUAAAAAUGUGGAUUUCUUUCCUGAUUCCAAAAAUUGAGGAUGGAAACAACUUUGGUGUAUCCAUACAAGAAGAUACAUUAUCAGAGAUACAAUCAGUUGAAAGCGAAGCUGCUGCAUUCUUUGAUCAAAUUUCUAGGUAUUUUAUCUCCAGAGGGAAGAUUGUUAGUAAAGUUGCAAAAUAUCCACACAUCAUCGAUUAUAGAAGAGCGAUUCAAGAACUAGAUGAGAAGGAGUAUGUGAGUUUAUGGCUCGUCAUGUGCGAAGUCCGUAAUCGCUACUGUUCACUGCACGAUCUCGUGAUCAAGAACUUGGAAAAGAUCAAACGGCCACGUUCCUCCAACGCGCAGUCCUUGUAUUAGGCAUAAUCGUAUAAUGCGCUAUUGUACAAUCUAUGUGCAGAAUAACUCGAUACAAACAUAAAUGGGGAAUAUAAUAACAUAAUAAAAUAAAAACUCAUCUUUCAUCGACAUGA